AUGCCUAAAGGGAAAGGCAAGCGCUCUUCGGGCGCGCAAGAAGCAGUCCCCGAUGCAGGGCCUUCUGUUUCCGCGACUCAAGCCACCCUCGCCGAGCCCCAGAUCGACGAAGGCGCCUUCGCCGGCCUCCGACAAAAAAUCGAGCAACGAUUGAAGGAUCAGAACUCUGGCAAAGGAAAGUCGAAGAAAGACAACAAGCCGCAAGCAUCGAUCGAGACUUCGCCCCCGAAGAAAGAGAAGAACGCUGCCCCCAAGGCCGACAAGAAACAAGAUUCGGCACAAGGAAAGAAGCGGAAUCGCAAUGGCGAUGUGAUCGCCCGUGAGGAGAAGGGAGGCAAGAACAAGCAGGAAAAAUCUGCUGGUUCUAAGAAGGGCGCCAGUGAUGACACUCUUCGCCAGGAAAUUAUUGCCCUUGGCGGUACCGAGGAGGAUCUUGACCUUCUGGCGGGUGUCGACUCGGAGUCCGAGGUCGAGGGCGCCGCUUCGAAGAAGAAGGGCGGCGACGAUGACUUGCGGAAGGAGCUCUCAAAAAUGCUGGAAGCCGCGGGUCACGUCGUGCCUGAAGAUCUGCCGGACGAGGAGGUAGAGGAGGAAGAUGAGAGAGAGGAAGAGGAAGAAGCCGACGACGAUGAGGAAGAUGAGGAGGACGACGCUGCAGAGGACGACAUUGAAGACGCCAGUGACGAUGUCGACGAGAAAGCCGAGGAUUCUUUCGAGGAGUCUGAUAUUGAGGAUGCGCCUCCGGCGCCUAAGCAGAGGGAACCUGAAGCUCACAUUCCCAAGGAAUUUGCUAAGCUCGUCAUCCAACCUCGAUCUGACUGGUACAACGCUCCCCUCCCUCCCGUCGCCGGCGGAAAGCAGAUGAACGCCCUUCCUCGUCACCUUGUGGAUCGCAUCCACGAGCAGGCCAAGGUUUUGCUUCUGGAGGAGAAUGAGAAAUACGCCGAAGCUCAGAAGGCUUCAGCAUCUUCGUCACACAAGUUCUAUUCGACCAUUAUGUCCAACGGUACCCUGAGCGAUAAGAUUUCCGCCCUCACACUUGCGGUGCAAGAGUCGCCAUUGCACAACACUCGAUCCUUGGAGACUCUGGUUGGGCUUGCUGGUAAGCGUAGUCGUGCGCAGGCUGUUGAGGUUCUGCGGUCUCUGAAGGAUAUGUUUGCUCAGGGUACUCUUCUUCCUUCGGAUCGACGAUUGAGAUCAUUUGCCAACCAGCCUGGACUGGUUGCCGCAUUCCAGGGUGCUGCUGGACGCUGGACAGAGCGCGACGCCCUUCCCGGUGGUCUCCAGAAGAGUCAUUUGAUGCUUUGGGCUUUCGAGGACGGCGUGAAGGAGCAAUUUUUCGAGGUACUCAAGGUCCUUGAGGUUUGGUGCAACGACGAGAUCGAGUUUUCGCGGUCUCGCGCCGUCAGCUAUGUCUACGAGUUGCUCAAAGAGAAGCCCGAGCAAGAAGCGAACUUGUUGCGACUUCUCGUCAACAAGCUCGGUGAUCCUGGCAAGAAGAUCGCCUCCCGGGCAUCUUACCUUCUUCUCCAGCUUCAGCAGCAGCAUCCGCUCAUGAAGCCGACUAUCAUCAAGUCGGUGGAGGAGCUUCUCUUCCGUCCUGGUCAGAGCUCGCACGCCAAGUACUAUGCCAUCAUUACCCUGAACCAAACGGUUCUGAGCAUGAAGGAGCAGGCGGUUGCGAUGCAGCUCUUGGAUAUCUACUUCUCGCUCUUUGUCACCCUGCUGAAGCCGGCGCCCAAGGGCAAGCCGCCUGGCAAGCACGGCAAGGGCAAGAAUCAGCCUGUCAAGGGACAGGCGCAGGAUGAUGAGAUGCGGGAGAAAUUGACCUCUGGUGUCCUGACUGGUGUCAAUCGUGCCUACCCCUUCACCGACACCGACACUGACCGCAUGUCCAAGCACAUCGACACCCUCUUCCGCAUCACCCACUCUUCCAACUUCAACACUAGCAUUCAGGCGCUCAUGCUGAUCCAGCAACUGACCAACUCUACCCAAGUUGCCAGCGACCGCUUCUACCGAACCCUGUACGAGUCGCUCUUGGAUUCACGUGUGGCAACCUCCUCGAAGCAGUCCCUCUACCUCAACCUCCUAUUCAAGUCCCUCAAAAGCGAUCUCAAUGUCCGUCGAGUCAAGGCAUUCGUCAAGCGUAUUGUUCAGGUUCUCGGCAUGCACCAGCCGGCCUUCAUCACUGGUGUUUUCUACUUGAUCCGCGAACUGGAGAAGACUUUCCCCGGUCUCUCGACCCUGUUCGAUCAGCCCGAAGACAACGACGACGAUGACGAAGAGGUCUUCCGCGAUGUCCCCGAUGAGGAUGACGAGCAACCCGAGCCAGUCCCGGUGGAGAAGAAGCAGCAGGAACGCUAUGAUCCUCGCAAGCGUGACCCUGAGCACAGCAACGCCGAUCGAUCUUGUCUGUGGGAGUUGCUUCCUUACACCACCCACUUCCACCCCUCGGUCUCGCUGAACGCCGAUCGUCUCUUGGACCACGAGACCAUGAGCGGCAAGCCCGACCUGACCAUCCAUACUCUUUCCCACUUCCUCGACCGCUUCGUGUACCGCGCCCCCAAGGCGAGCGCUGCUUCGCGCGGUGCCUCUAUCAUGCAGCCUCUGGCUGGUGGUGAGGCCAAGGACCGCCUUGUGGAAGCCGGCAAGACGGCGCAGCAGAGUGUGCCUCUCAACUCCGAGGGCUUCUGGAAAAAGAAGGCCGAGGAGAUUGCCGCGGAAGAUGUCUUCUUCCACGAAUACUUUAACCGUGUCAACAAGGACAAGGACCGGGCCAAGGCCAAGAAGUCCAAGGGUACCGACGGUGCUGCUACCCGUGGUGAGGAUGGCGAUGAUCUCAGCGAGGAUGAGGACGAGAUCUGGAAGGCUCUGGUCGACUCCCGACCCGACCUGGAGGACGACGGUGGCAGUGACGAUGACCUGGACAUGGACGAUCUGGAAUCCGCCUACGAUGAAGACGAAGAUGAGGAGGGCGAAGGCGCCGGCGACGACGAAGUCAUCUUCAACGAUGAGUCGGACGUUCCCUCCGACGAGGAAACGGGCGACGCCGCCGACGGCUUCGAGGGCUUCGACUCGCCGCCCGCCAAGGCCAGCAAGAAGGCGGCCAAGCCGGCGAAGGCGGACGAGGAUGACGAGGAUGCGUUCGACAUGGACGUCUCGGACGACGAGGCUUUCCUGGACAGCGACGAGGAUCUUCCCUCGGACAUGGAGUUUGGCGGCGUGGACCUCCCGCCGGCCGAGGAGCCCGAGGAGAGCAAGAGCAAGAAGCAGAAGCGUCGCAAGCUCAAGCACCUGCCGACGUUCGCCUCUGCGGACGACUACGCGGCUCUGCUCGAGGACGAGGAUCUGGGCAUGUAG